GGCCUAGUAUUAUUUUGUUCUCUCUUUUUUGACCAAAACCAACACAUUCAAUCCCUUCUUAUCUCCUUUUUUCAUCUCUUAGGGUUCCAUUUUUGAGUUACAUUCACUCUCAAAAUCAUAAAUAUAAACACCCUUUUGGUUAUUCAAUUGACUGUAUUGUAAUUCUUUUUUUUUUUUUGGAGUGUGAAGAGAUGAGGAUGUUGGAAUUAUGUGAUACAAAGAAUGUAUUUCCACCUGGAUUUAGGUUUCAUCCAACAGAUGAGGAACUUAUUUUGUACUAUUUAAAGAAGAAGAUAUGUAGGAAGAGGAUGUUGCUUGAUGCUAUUGCUGAGACUGAUGUUUAUAAGUGGGAACCUCAGGACUUGCCUGAUCUGUCUAAGUUAAAAACUGGGGACCGGCAGUGGUUCUUCUUUAGCCCCAGAGAUCGAAAAUAUCCUAAUGGAGCACGGUCAAACAGGGCAACAAAGCAUGGGUAUUGGAAAGUUACGGGAAAGGAUCGAAUUAUUAUGUGCAACUCUCGUGCUGUUGGAGUUAAGAAGACCUUAGUCUUUUAUAAAGGCCGAGCACCAGUAGGUGAACGGACAGAUUGGGUGAUGCAUGAGUAUACUAUGGAUGAAGAAGAGCUGAAAAGAUGUCAGAACGUUCAUGAAUACUAUGCGCUUUACAAGGUAUUUAAGAAGAGUGGGCCCGGGCCUAAGAAUGGUGAGCAGUAUGGUGCACCAUUUAGAGAAGAGGACUGGGCUGAUGCUGAUGAUAAAUGUCCAAGUCCCAAAGGCUUUAUCCACCAGGACAAUUCAACAAAGCAUGUUACUGAAGCUCCUUCUGUGGAUGGUGGACUUGACGAAUUGUUGAACCAUAUUGGAAAUGAGCCUGUACUUGUGGAGCCACUUUCUGUAGACUAUGCUUAUGCUCUGGAGCAGCUUGUGCAUGAGGAAGAUACUCAAAGUACCUUGCUAGAUCUUUUGGCAAGGGAAGUUAAUUUUGCCAAUCAUAGUGCGGUGAUUACGCAGUCAGGCACAUCACAGCUACAGUUGCAUGAGGCAUCAGAGGUCACAUCUGCUCCUGUUAUUCAUGAACAGCAGCGGCAUGUGGUGGAAGAGGACUUCCUUGAAGAUUUUCUGGAGAUAAAUGACCUUCUUGGUCCAGAGCCAAGCACUCAAAACUUUGAUUACCCGGAGCUGGGUGUUAAAAACUUUGAUGAGGCUGGACCAAGUGGUCAAAACUUUGAAGAUUUGCAAUUCGAUUAUUUGGAUGGGCUGACAGAAUUUGACUUGUAUCAUGAUGCGCCCUUGCUUCUUGAUGAUAUAAGAAGAACUGAACUGGGGCAAGUUACUGAACCAUACAUGAACAACUUUGUGAAUGGUUCUGUAAACCCUGAUUCUACAACGUAUUUAAGCAGUUGUCAGAAUGAAAUGACGAACAAUCGGCCUAUGUAUUUGAAUGAUGGAGAACUGUGGACACAUGAUCAAAGAUUCAACAUCUUUAACCCCAGCGAGGCACAUCAGUUGGUUGUUCCUCCAGCUACUCCAGGUGUUGUAUAUGAUAGUAAUUUGGGAAAUCAUCCUACGGGCGCAAAUCAGAAUCAAAUACCCAAUCAGAAUGAUGGUACUACACCGUCAUGGUUAUCCUCUCAGUUGUGGGCCUUCGUGGAUUCUAUACCUACCACUCCUGCUGUAGCUGCUGAAAGUCCUGCGGUUAAUAUGGUCUUUAAGCGCAUGUCUAGCUUUAGUAGGAUGAGAAUAAACGCCGGGAACAUGAAUGUUGUGGCAGGUAAAACAGCAACUUCAAGAAGUUCGCGCCGCUCUAAGAAUGGGCUUUUAUAUUUUUCUUUCCUUGGAAUACUUUGUGCAAUCUUAUGUGUGUUAGUAGGAAUAUUUGUUAACGUCUUGAGGAGAUACAUAUCCUCUUAAAUAUGCAAUGAAGUUUUGGUGUUCUAUCACCUGGCAUCUUGCCAGAAUCAAUGAUAAGCUGAGGAUACAUUCUAUGAGUAAAACAA